AUGAGGCUCCGUCUGCAACUCCCCAGGAGGCCACAAGCACCCAGUGGCUGGGAGACCGCCCUCUCACUUCUCUUUCACACCUAUUCUCCGCCAUCCUCCUCUGCCUCUCACUCCGUCUACCCUCUACUUCACUCUUUUCUCUCCUCCCACGAUCGAAUGUUCCACGGAUCACCGCAUCGCCACCUCCAAUAUGAAGCUUCGUCCGCAACCCUGCUGGAGGCCACAAGGUAAAAGACCCUCUCCCUCAGGUAAGCCGAAUAUUGUUCUGUUGUCUUUGUUUCUUGCUUGUUCUUGCUUGCUUGCCUUUGUCUGCUUGUCUGUGUUUGUGCAUUUUGAAAGAUAAAUAUUGUUUUGUUGAAUUUAUCUGCUAACCGUUUAUAUUUCAGCAACCAGUUAGCUUAGAGAGGGACGGGAAACUCUGCUUAUCGUUUCUCUAUCCUUCCCUUACCCCAUCCCGCCUCUUCGCCCUUCAAGUCAUGCGGCGUGAGAGACAGUGAUAACAUAGACGGUUCAGGUUAACCCGGGUCGUACUCCCAUUAGACAAAGUCGUGGUCCAUAGUGGAGUCCGACAGCCGUCUGGGGGAACUGAGACAGCCCGUGAAGGGGUGGGGCGCCUUAAACAAAUACUGGGAUUCACGUCGUCUGCAGACCAACCGUGGCCCGCAGAUGCAAAACACACGACCGAAACAAUCAAGCCAGAAACCAUGCCUUCUCUCUCCCCCCUCCUCCUCCUGUCCGCCGCCGCACCCGACAGGCAGCUAGAGUGAGUCCGCCCAACCUGGUAGCCUGGAAUGUUCGUUCCCUUUUAGACAAUCCGAGGAGAAACUGACCGGAACAGAGGACGGCACUAGUGGCUCGGGAACUGGCGCGCUAUAGAGUGGACAGCUCCGCGCUCAGCGAGACCCGGUUCUCCGAACAAGUCCAACUGGAGGAGGUGGGUGCCGGCUACACCUUCUUCUGGAGCGGUCGCUCCAAGGCAGAGCGACGGGACGCGGGUGUCGCAUUUUCCAUCCGGAACGACGUGAGACGACUGUCCUGUCUGUCGCAGGACAUCAAUGAUCGUCUGAUGAGCUUCCGUCUGCCUCUCGGGGGAGGCAAAUUCGCCACCAUCAUCAGCGUCUACGCUCCCCCGACUACCAGCACUGGCGCCGCAAGGGCCAAAUUCUACGAGGACAUGCACGCCUUCCUGGCGACUGUGUCGAAGGCGGACGAAUUAACUGUCCUUGGUGACUUCAACGUCGGAGUCCGCACAAACCAUGUUGCCUGGAGGGGAUUGCUGGGUCCCAAUGGUCUCAACGGCUCCAACGGCAAUGGCCUGCUCCUUUUACGAACCUACGCAGAAUACCGAUGA